AGUCUCGUCUGCUGCCCUUCCCAUGGUUACCUGGCUGAAGGACGGGAGGCCGGUGAGGACAGGACCAGUUCUGCAGCAGAGGCAGGACGGAGCCUGUCUGUCCCUCACCCUGGAGAGAGUAAGACAUGUGGACCAAGGGAUGUACAGGUGUCAGCUGACCACAGCUGAUGGUCCGACCAUCGACUCAGCAACAUGGAGACUCAGUGUCCAAAAGGUUCCUCUUCCAGAUGAGGCUCGAUCCUCCUAUGUCGGGGGUGUGGCCAUGCUUACCGUCCAGAACUCAUCAUGCCGCCAUGAAGGUGGACUGCAGGGUCGCAGGUCAGAGGUCACAGAGGUCGGAGGAGUGUGUGAGGCUCCGCGCUUCAUCAGACGACUGAUUGACCUGAAGGUGAUGGACGGCAGCACAGUGACCAUGAAGGUGGAGCUGACUGGCCAUCCCCCUCCAGAGGUGGUGUGGCUCCAUGACGGACAGGAAGUGGCCGAGUCGGAGGACUUCCAGCUCCUCAGGGAGGAGAACCGCUGCACUCUGCUGAUCCAGGAGGUUUUCCCCGAGGAUACAGGGACGUACAGCGUCCAGGCCUGGAACCGGCACGGAGACGACUCCACCCAGGCCCGCCUCACGGUGGAGGAACCUCCGAACGGUGUCCAACCCUGGUUCAUCACCAAACCCAAACCAGUGAGCGCCGCUGUGGGUCGGCACGCCCUCCUGUCGUGUGCCAUCGCUGGAGACCCUUUCCCCCAGUACAGCUGGACCAGAGCACACCUGAGCCGACCUCUGACUUCAGGAGACGACUACGAGCUGCUGCAGAAAGACGAUGUCAUCUCACUGCUGAUCAGGAGAGUGAAGAAACAUCAUGCUGGAGAUUAUGUGAUCAGCCUGAGGAACACUGUUGGUGAGUGUGUGUCCAGGACCAGUCUGUGUGUCACUGAGACAGACGGGACGAGAGGAGGAGAGGACGACAGCCCUGCAGCAACAGCAGGAGGAGCAGGAGGAGCAGGAGGAGGAGGAGUAGCUGGUGGGAGUGCGGCGCUGAGAGGAGGUUCCAGAGGAGGAGGAGGAGGCGUGGAGCCCAGAGGCAGCAGCAGAGUUGGUGUCAGUCGGCAGGAGGCCAACCAGGAGCAGAAGGAGAACCAGCCUCUCCUGCACCUGCACAAGGAGGAGAACAAGAAGAAGGAGGCCGACCAGGACCGUCCCACCACUGCUCCCCGAGGCCUCCUCAGACACUGUGUGGACACCAGGGAGCGUGGCGAAGAGGAGCUGCGACAGAGGGAGGCGCAGCAGCUGGAUUUCCGCUCGCUGCUGGGACGCCAAGCUUUUCACGCCAAAAACCACCAGGGAGAGGAGCCAAGGGAGGCCGGCCUCGCCAGCGCCACUGCUGAACACCGCCACCACCACCAGAUGGAUUUUAAGGCCAACCUGAAGGGGGUCAAACCCAAGACGGAGGAGGACCGCAAGGUGAACUCCGCGCAGCAGGUGGACUUCCGAGCUGUACUGGGCAAGAAGGCCGCUGCCGGCAGCAACGGCAACAAACUAGCUGAGACGCCUGAAAAGGACGCCACCGACUUCAGGUCCACUCUUGCUAACAAGAAGAAGCCAGCCAGCCCAGAGAAGAAUGGAGAGAGUGGGAAGACGGCGGUGAACAACUGUGUGGACGGAGCGAUUCACGAGAAGAGGAGUGGCGGAGGAGGCAAGGCACCAGAGUUUGUGGAGACACUGAUUGAUGGGACAGUGGUGGACGGACAGCGCCUCCGGCUGCAGUGUCGCCUCGCCACCUCUGACCCCCCAGAGGUCACCGUCACCUGGACGCUGGACGGGAAGGUCAUCAAGCCCUCAAAGUUCAUCAUACUUGCCAACGAAGGAGGCCUGUGCUCUCUGACCAUAGACAAAGCUCUGCCGGAGGAUGAAGGUCAGUACCGGUGCAGAGUCGAAGGUUCAGCAGGACGAGCUGAGAGCUGCUGCAUGGUGCUGGUUGAUGACCCGACAGAAAACCUUCCUGCAGACAAGAAGUCGAAGAAGUCGACUCCGACCUCAGAGAGUGAAGCCAGGAUAAAGAAACCAACUCCCAAGACUCCUCCAAAACAAGCUCUGCCUCCUCAGAUCCUUCAGUUCCCUGAGGACAUGAAGAUCUUGGCGGGAGAGAAGGUGGAGAUCCUCUGUAAGUUCUCUGGAGCUCCGCCCAUCAGCUGCACCUGGCUAAAGUUCAGGAAACCAAUCCAGGAGGGCUCGGCCGACAUCUCCAUCAACAGCGGUGACGGCAGCAGCAAACUGACCAUCUCCAGCGGCCAGCAGGAACACUGUGGCUGCUACACCGUGGAGCUGAGGAACAACUACGGCCUCCGACAGGCCGCCCUCAACCUCACCAUCGUCGAUAAACCUGACCCUCCAGCGAAGGUUCCGGCCACCUCAGACAUCCGGCGGGCCAGCCUGACCCUGUCGUGGUACGGGCCGACCUACGACGGCGGCAGCGCGGUCCAGUCGUACAACGUGGAGAUGUGGGAGUCCGUGGAGCAGCAGUGGAAACACCUGGUGUCGUGUAACAGCACCUCCUAUAACAUCCAGAACCUUCUUCCUGAACGUCAGUACAAGUUUCGUAUUCGGGCGGAAAACAUUUAUGGCGUGGGCGAGCCGAGUGCGGAGUCCGAGCCCGUCACGGUGGGACUGGUGGACGACGAGAACCAGGACGAGGCCGAAGAUGAGGAUGAAGACUUGGAGAAGGAGCCGGACUACAGAGACGUUAGCAUCCGAGCAGACGUGAAGGUGAAGGAGUUAUACGACGUGGAGGAGAGACUGGGAACGGGAAAGUUCGGUCAAGUCUUUAAACUGGUGGAAAAAGCCACGAGGAAGGUUUGGGCGGGAAAGUUCAUCAAGGCUUAUUCAGUGAAGGACAAGGACAACGUCCGGCAUGAGAUCUGCAUCAUGAACAGCCUCCAUCACCCCAAACUGGUCCAGUGUAUCGAUGCCUUCGAGGGCAAGUCCGACAUCGUCAUGGUGCUGGAACUGAUCUCCGGCGGCGAGUUGUUCGAGCGGAUCAUCGACGAGGACUUUGAGCUGACGGAGCGGGAGGUGAUUAAAUACAUGCUGCAGAUCAUCGAUGGAGUCAACUUCAUCCACAAACAAGGCAUAGUCCACCUGGACCUCAAACCUGAGAACAUCAUGUGUGUCAACAAAACCGGCAGCAAAAUCAAACUCAUCGACUUCGGCCUCGCCAGACGACUAGAAAAUGCUGGAACUCUAAAGGUUUUGUUUGGGACCCCGGAGUUCGUGGCCCCCGAGGUGAUUAACUACGAAGCCAUCAGUUAUCCCACCGACAUGUGGAGUAUAGGAGUCAUCUGUUACAUAUUGCUGAGCGGUCUGUCUCCCUUCAUGGGCGACAACGACAACGAGACUCUGUCCAACGUCACCUCGGCCUCCUGGGACUUUGAGGACGACGCCUUCGAUGAAAUCUCCGACACCGCCAAAGACUUCAUCACCAGUCUGCUGAAGAAAGACAUGAAAGCUCGGCUGACCUGCGCUCAGUGUUUCGAUCACCCGUGGCUGAAGCAGGACACCAACACCAUGAAGGCCAAGAAGCUGUCGAAGGAGCGGAUGAAGAAGUACAUCCUGAGGAGGAAGUGGCAGAAAACGGGUCACGCUGUGCGAGCCAUCGGUCGCCUGUCGUCCAUGGCCAUGAUGGCUGGAGUCAGCGCCAAGAAGGGUUCACCCACCGAAGAGGACAAUCAGUUCCUGGAGUGUUUGGAGUACGAGCAGAAGACCGAGUGCAAACCCACUUUCAGCUCCGUCAUCAAAGACGUGGAGGUGGUGGAGGGAAGUGCCGCUCGCUUCGACUGCAAGAUAGAAGGUUUCCCUGAUCCAGAGGUGGUGUGGUACAAAGACGAGCAGCCAAUCAAAGAGACCCGACACUUUCAGAUCGACUACGAUGAAGACGGAAACUGCAGUCUGGUCAUUUCAGAGGUGUCGGGCGACGAUGACGCUAAGUACAUGGUGAAGGCGGUGAACAGUCUGGGGGAGGCGACCUGCUCCGCUGAGUUGCUGGUGGAGGUGAUGGCGGGAGGGGAGGAGGAGGAGGAGGAGGAAGAGGAGGAGUAAAGAAAUGACCAUCUUGACUAUCACAGGAAGAGGAGCUCACCAGUUCGUCAGCCUGUCAGACCUGAGCAGGAAAAUAAUGGCCCACGAGUAACAGGUUGUGAUUGGAGGAGCUGGAGGCGGGGUUUGACUCACCAGGUUUCACUGUGGUUGUGACUGAAAUCACUCACUGUUCACACCUUCAUUAUAUAAACUAUAUAACUAUAAAAUAUAUAUCUAUGUCUUCUAUAUAGAGACGAUACAUGAGGUCAUCGAGAAAACACAAAUACUCUCUCAGACACUGAUGACGUCAUUGUCUCAGGUGUAAGACGUAAAACCACAACAGCAAUGUUGGCUGGUGAAAAAUCCCACUGUAAAUUUGUUAUGUUUAUUUCACAAUUAGUAUUUAUAUGUGACCAUCAGUUGUGAGUACAUUUGACAGGGUAAUGGCGAAGUCACUAUAAAGAGGGAUUUCAGCCUGUGUGUCGACAGGUGUACCAACACAGACAGGGAGAAACACCGCCCUCUGGUGGAGAGUCCCUCUUUAAUCAUGAGCAUUUAAAUAAGCGUUGGUGCCAAUAUUUAGCAACACAAAGUAAUUUUCAAGUAAGAAUUCAGAUUUUCGUCUUCUUGAAGCUGGGUUCACACCGGACGCGGAAGCGCAGCUAAGCCUUAAUAACAGCUGGCUCCCAUCCACUCCCAUGUUAAACCUCUGGUCCGGUCCCACCGGAGGCUGCCUGGCGCCGUGCAGCGAUCGAUCCGGCGUCGAGUCUAUUGUUUUCGUUUGACGCGAGCGUAUCGCGACAGGAAACGCAUUGAAAAAUUAUUUUAAACAAUAUUGAUGAAAUAUUUUAUAUGAUAUAAAUUAUCAAUAUGCAUCCCAUACUUUGAAUUCACCUUCUGUUGUCCAGGAGUUUUAAUUUUACCAAUUUUACCAACCACAUUAUUAAAUGUCCCCCUCUGCCCAUCCACUACAGCCACACAAGCAGUGAUAAAGAUAAAAGAGAGGGGGGGGGGGGGGGGGGCUAUGUAUUCUCCACAUAGGCUUGAGUGGAGAAUACGUGAUUUAUCCUCGACUCCCGACAUUUAACGGAGCAAACAGAGAAGUUCUUCAACAUGGAGGACAUUAAAUUAAUAAUUGAAGUGGAGAAGUGCAGUGAGUUGUAUGAUCCUCGGAACAUGUUGUAUAAAGACAACACCAAGAAAGACACAUGUUGGGACGCUGUUGCUUAAUGAUAGAUAGAUACUUUAUUAAUCCCGAGGGAAAUUCAGAUCAUCCAGUAGCUUGCACAUUUAAAUCACAUAAAUCACAUAAAUCACAUAAAUCACAUACGGAGAACAUAUUUACAGAUACAGGAAUGGAAUGAUGUGAUUGUGUCAGUGUCCAGUAGGAAAGUGUUCUUGUGCUGCUGGAGUGGAAAGUACAAAAAAAUAUAAACUAUAUAUAUAUUAUAAUGUUGGAGCAACAAGUAAGUAUAUGCCUUUAUACUACUGGAUCAAAGGGUGAUAUUAUUAGCGCUGCCCGGCGCUUCAGCGUCCGGUGUGAACCUGGCGUUAGUCUCACAGGUGUGAUUUGACGGUGCUCUGUUAAACUCCGCCCACCUGAAACCUGAACAAACUCCGCCCCUCACAUUCACGUUCAUCUAUCUCCUCAAACAACUCUUUCUUAAAGAACAUGACACCAGUCUUAAAAAACAUGUUUCUGUGGAUCGACUGGUUGAAGAGACACAUUGAAUUGUGGGAGUUGUAGUUUCGCUCUACGAACAGACUCAGCUUCUUUGGUGUUAAAGAUUUUUAAGAAUCAUGUUUCUGAGGAAAUAUGUUGAUGAAGAGUCGUCAAACCCACACGGACUAAAAAUAUUAAAGACAGCUCCGAGUACAUGUAACGUUUGCCCUGGUUAAAGACUGUUUAUAAAUGAACAUGAGUCCAGGUGAGGAAGAAGAGGGUUCGAUGGAGGGUGAUGAAGAUGAACAGAGUCAGGUCACAGCAGAAUAACAGACUUGAGACAAAGAACAGAAGCUAAUCAUGUUAGCAUUGCAGCUAACACAUUGAUAACAUUAGAAGAUGAUCCACCUGUUUGUGAUAAACUACGACUGGAUAUUAAAUGUAAUUAACGUAACUAAACAUUGGCUAAUAAGAGCAGGUGAGUUGAUUAAAAUAGUUCGGAAGCCUCUGCAUAAAUACAGGAGGCUAACGAACAUUUGCUCACUAUUAGCAGACAUAUUUGUCCAGAGCUAGUUGAUGUUAGCCAACAAGCUAACACUGACUAGCUAUCUAACAGCAGAAGUUUGAAUCAAUUUAAAAGUUUUAACAAUAAAAAUACAUUUGUCCAGAAUUUAAAUCUAAGAUCAGUUAAAAACAAUGAAACAGCGAUAUAGCUAACUUCACAUAGAGCACUAAGAUUUGUACGUUUAUUCAACUCGCGAGCUAGCAAACAUUAGUUCAUUAGUCUUUACUGUGAAACAACUUUCACCCAUCAGAAUAAACUUAUCGGUUAAAAAACUAAUGUGAAUUAGUCAUUGUUAAACCGGAUGUAGCCCUAAAGCUAACAUCAGAUAGAGAGCUAACUAACAUGAGCUAACGUCACCGUGACUGAUGUUAGCUUCUUUCAUACAGAGGAUUUUAGCUAGGUUGAGAUACUAACAUUUGUUAGCUAACGUUAGCUCAGCAGCUAAUAAACAGCUGUGAGGAGCAAAUUAAAACUUAGGACGACAAUCGUUGAACAAACAUGCAAAAGCGUGGUGGGGCUUCUGGGUAAUGGAGUCCUCUAAAUGCCUGAAUAUUGAUGUGGCCUGACUCUGUUGAUAUGAGAUGAAGAUAAAUUACAGCGAGAUGUUUGUGUCGAUGACUCAGCUGCUGAUUUUAAUGUUUUCAGCUGAGAGACGUUGAAUCGUCAGUUUGUCUCUUUCCUUCUGUUUGAGCACUUCUCUUUUUGUCUCUUCGUAUUUUUGGCCAAAACAGCUAGCAGCUAACAGCUAACAGCUAGCAGCUAACAGCUAACAGCACAUCUGCCUUACAACGUGAGCUGUUAAACACGACACUUUAAAUGACGUCUGCUCAGUUUCUUCCGGACGUUUGUAUCGUUGUGGGUCAAGUCGUUUUCUUUUAAAGACACAGAGAUCACACUCUUCAGGGAGCGUUGGCUUUAACUGAAGAGCUCUGGAUUCAUCAGAGAAAAACAUGUUCUUAUUAAUAUUAACAUCACUGAAAAAGACUUAAAUCAUAAGAUCUGAUCGUAGUUGUGUUGCACAAAACGACGAGAUCCUCGUCCUGUGAAAUUAUAAGAUAAAGUUUAGAAUUAACAUGAAAUCUCAUCAGCAUCUUUAUGUCAUAAUGUGUCAGGAAACUAUGAGAUAAGAUUCUGUGAUUAAAGAAUCAUUCUCAGUGUCUCAAUGUUAUUCAGAUUAAUUAUGUGCUUCAGUUUGAGAUUUCAACACGUCGGACACGACAUUUUAGAGACUGAUUCUGGAACAGAUUUGAUUUGAUCAUCUCUUUGGACUAAUUGUGUAAAUUCAAAUCUUCAGGUGCCUAACCUUGUCCCCUGCGUGUGUUGGGUAGAAACCAGACGUGAUUUAAACGUGUGUGGCGUGUUAACGCGUCAUGUCCACACUAAUGUCCAAGUCGUAUCUUUGAACAUGUUUUUGUCACAUUCCAGCUGUUUGUGCUUUAAUCCAUUUAUUUAAAAUCUCUUCAGGCUGAUUCAGAUUUCAACCAAAAACCAAAGAAGUGUGUUGAAACGUCACACGUGUGUGCUAGUGUGUGUUUGUGUGUUAUCAUCUGUUUAACAUACCUGGGCCUGUUUGUGUGUUCGAUGGAAGAUUUUUUAUUUUUAGACUUAUUUAAUGCACAGAUUUAUAAUUAUAAUAUUAUCAUUUGUGUUGUUGAAGAUUCAGCACUUAAUUUGUCACAGUUAUUACCCCCCCCCCCCCCCACUAAACAACAGUGACUCACAGCGACUGAUCUUGUGUUAGAUGUAUGUAGAUUCUUUUAUAGAUAUAUAUAUAUCAGUUUGAUGAACAGCAGACGACAUGUAUGAGAACACUACGACUGUAGUUACUCACAGAUACCAAAUAAAUUUUUAUCACCAAACAAA